AUGUCUGAUUCCCAGAUUGAUCCUGAUCAAUUCACCCGCGCAGGGUCUAUUACCAAGGACUACUACCGCGAUGUCUAUCCCACCAUUGAUCCCACACGGUCAGACCUCUCCCAAGCGGGCAAAGUAACUAUUGUCACAGGGGCAGGAAAAGGAAUCGGACGAGCCAUUGCACGAGCUCACGCACAGGCCGGGGUCAAGGGGCUGGUUCUUAUUACCCAAUCUGCUCAGUCAGCUGAAGAGACGAAGGCUAUUGUGGAAGCGGAAUUCCCCGCCGUCGAGGUGCUGGCCGUACCUACAGAUAUCACCGAUGAGAAGGCACUGGCACAGACUUUUGUGACUAUCAAGGAGAAGUUUGGAACCGCAGUACACACCCUGGUCAACAAUGCCGGCGUCUUCGCUUCAGUGGCGCCCGUGGCCGAGUCCCACUCCACCACAUGGUGGAAGGACUUUGAGGUCAACGUACGGGGGACAUAUCUGAUUACGGCGGCAUACCUGCGUUUGAUUGCGGAUGAGGCCGCGGACUUUCAACCAACCGUGGUGAACUUGAUCUCGACGAUUGCCCUGACUCCACCGGGACUGAGCAGCUACUUCAUCAGUAAGCUUGGGGUGGCCAAAUUCACCGAGUUCAUUGCAGCGGAAAACCCCCGGGUGGCCGCCUACAGUCUCUCGCCGGGCAUCGUCCUCACUAGCAUGACGCUGGAUGGGUUUAAACCAUUUGCCAAGGAUACCCCGGAGCUACCGAGUGCUGUGACCGUGUACCUGGCAGCGAAACGUCCGCAAUACCUCAAUGGGCGCCACCUCUCCUGCAAUUGGGAUCUCGCAGAGCUCGAAGCUCGGCAAUCGGAAUUUGCUUCGUCGGAUAAGCUGACGGUGGGUCAAUUCAUCUGA